UGGCAGUUGCUUGUGGCGAGCGAUAUGGCGUCUUCUUGAAGCGUACAAAAAUCGCAAGUGUUGUGUUGACAAGUGAUUAAGAUGGCGGCCGACUCCACAGACAAGAAGGAUGCUGAAUCCUCAGGGACCAAAGACCGGGAGAGGAAACGCAGCCGUUCACGAGAACGUGAUCGUAAAGGCUCACCACGCAAACGCAAUCGCUCUCGUGAAAGAAAUCGAUCUAAAUCUCCAGAAAGAGAUCGACGCAUGAAAGACAAGGACCGAGACAACAAGGAGCGUGACAGAGAUAAAGACAGAGACAGGGGCCGUAAGGACAGAGACAGCCAUCGGCGGGAUAAAGAUCGCAGUAAAAGGUCUAAGAGCCCCUCGCCUAAGUCUAAAGAUUCAAGAUUAAAGAGAGACAAGGAUAUAAAAACAGAAGAGGAGGAAGAUGAAAAAAAGAAGAAAGAGAAGGUCCAGCCUUUGUCUUUGGAAGAGCUUCUCGCCAAGAAGAAGGCAGAAGAAGAAGCAGAGGCAAAGCCCAAGUUCCUCUCCAAGGCGGAGCGAGAAGCUGAGGCUAUUAAACGGAGGGAGCUAGAGACGGAGGACAGGAGGAGGUUGAUGGAAGAUGAGAGGAAGAAGAGAAGGAUGUUCCAGGACAUGGGGAGAAAAAUGAUGGAGGACCCCCAGGAAAGAGAAAGACGGGAGCGAAGAGAGCGAAUGGAGCGAGAGAACAACGGGAAUGAAGACGACGAUGGACGACAAAAACUCAGAGAGGAGAAGGAUAAAAGCAAAGAACUCGUCGCCAUCAAGGAGCGUUACCUUGGGGGACUAAAGAAACGUCGGAGAACUCGUCACCUGAACGACAGGAAGUUUGUGUUUGAGUGGGACGCUUCUGAAGACACCUCAGUCGACUACAACCCCAUUUACAAAGAAAAGCACCAUGUGCAGCUGUACGGACGAGGCUUCAUCGCUGGCAUCGAUUUGAAGCAGCAGAAAAGAGAGCAGUCACGCUUCUAUGGUGACCUGAUGGAGAAAAGACGCACGCUGGAAGAGAAGGAGCAGGAAGAGACGAGACUGAAGAAGAUGCGUAAGAAGGAAGCGAAGCAGCGAUGGGACGACAGACAUUGGUCUCAGAAGAAGCUGGAAGAGAUGACGGACAGAGACUGGCGAAUCUUCAGAGAGGACUACAGCAUCACCACAAAAGGAGGAAAGAUCCCGAACCCCAUCAGGAACUGGAAGGAGUAUUCGCUGCCCGCGCACAUCCUGGAGGUCAUCGACAAGUGUGGCUACAAGGAUCCGACACCUAUCCAGAGACAGGCCAUCCCUAUUGGUUUACAGAACCGUGACAUCAUCGGUGUGGCUGAGACAGGUAGCGGUAAAACAGCUGCCUUCCUCAUUCCACUGCUCGUCUGGAUCACAACCCUGCCGAAGAUUGACAGGAUUGAAGAUUCAGAUCAGGGUCCUUACGCCGUGAUUCUCGCCCCGACUCGUGAGUUGGCACAGCAGAUUGAAGAAGAGACCAUAAAGUUCGGUAAACCGCUCGGCAUCCGCACGGUGGCCGUGAUUGGAGGUAUCUCCAGAGAGGACCAGGGCUUCCGUCUCAGGAUGGGCUGUGAGAUUGUGAUCGCCACCCCCGGUCGUCUCAUCGAUGUGCUGGAGAACCGAUACCUGGUCCUGGGCCGCUGUACCUACGUGGUCCUUGAUGAGGCUGAUCGUAUGAUUGACAUGGGCUUCGAGCCCGACGUCCAGAAGAUUCUGGAGUACAUCCCAGUGACCAAUCAGAAACCAGACACUGACGAAGCAGAAGACCCUGAGAAACUGAUGAUGAACUUUGAAUCUGGAAAACAUAAAUACAGACAAACGGUCAUGUUCACGGCCACGAUGCCUCCAGCUGUGGAGAGACUGGCCAGGAGCUACCUGAGACGUCCUGCUGUGGUUUACAUCGGGUCGGCCGGCAAACCUCACGAGAGGGUCGAACAGAAGGUGUUGCUCAUGUCAGAGGGAGAGAAGAGGAAGAAGCUGCUGGAGGUGUUGUCACACGGCUUCGAGCCUCCCAUCAUCAUCUUCGUCAACCAGAAGAAAGGUUGCGACGUGCUGGCGAAGUCUCUGGAGAAGAUGGGGUACAAUGCUUGCACGCUGCACGGUGGCAAAGGCCAGGAACAGAGAGAGUUUGCGCUCUCCAACCUCAAGGCUGGAGCCAAAGACAUCCUGGUGGCCACUGACGUCGCUGGUCGAGGUAUCGAUAUCCACGACGUCUCCAUGGUCCUCAACUACGACAUGGCGAAGAACAUUGAAGAUUACAUCCAUCGUAUCGGUCGUACGGGUCGUGCCGGAAAGAGUGGUGUUGCCAUGACGUUCCUCACCAAAGAGGACUCGGCGGUGUUCUACGACCUGAAGCAGGCCAUCCUGGAGAGCCCGGUCUCCACCUGCCCCCCCGAGCUGACCAACCACCCGGACGCUCAGCACAAACCUGGAACCAUCCUGACCAAGAAGAGACGCGAGGAGACCAUCUUUGCCUGAUUUAUUCCAAUUAUUUCCACACAAACUGGACUUUAUACGCUAAACACAUCAGAGUGUCAUCGUUUUGUCGUGUCAUAUCUUCACACAUUAGUUCUCGUUCUACAUUACAGACUGCAGGUAAUUUGCUCCCAUUUCUUUUGUUCUUUGCUCUCUUUGCUUUUGGUCUGUUUUUCUCCACCAUUAACUGGUGCAGAAAUCAUCACCAGCAUUGGUUUUAGGAUUUUAUGGCUCAAACAUGGGCCGGUUGUCAUUGAUGUGUGUGAAUUUGAAUAUUUCUACUCAUUUAAAGUUGUAAAUGUGGAUUCAGUCGUAGAUGUUUUGUUUUGCUUCUGUAAACAAGAAGUGAUGAUGUAAAUGAUCUGCACUGUGCAAAUGCGACUCUUCAGCUAUCAAAUGUGAUUAAUACCAGCCAGGAAGUGAGUGAAGAUGAGUUGCAAGUGCAAAAUUGUGCAUUUUUAUUAUGUUUUUGACGACAAGAAUUGGAGUUUACUGACUGUUUAAGUGACUAAAGGCAUUUUUUAGUGCUCAGAUGCAGUCUGAAAUUCAUCUUUUUGAAUAUAAACAUUUGUAUGAAGUGAAAACAGCAAAUUUGAGUGGAGUUUGGCCAAUAACUGUCGCAUAGAGAAACACUUCUGUCUUUUGCAAAACUAUUAUUUUUUCAUUGAUGUGCUAAAUGGUUAAAUCUUAGGUCGUAGAAAAGGGGUUGAAAUCUUACUCCUUUGGGGGAAAAA